AUGCUUGAAAACGAGCAGGCAGAUAGUAUAAAUAUGACAUCACCCGAUAUCGGAGAGGGGCGGAGCCAACUUGUUCAUAGAAAAAGAAGAAAGAGAGCUGAUUCGAUGUCGGCAUUACCGAACAGUGCCGGGCAGCCAAGUUUAGAAGAAAGAAUGCUUUAUAGAAUGGAUGAAUUUUUGGGCUCAAUGGAGACGAAGCUGGACUUUCUACAGAGAUAUGUUGAGCGGUCCAAUGAUCCAUCAUCGUCAUCCUUUAAAGAGAAGCUCAUGCCAUCUCCUCAAUUACUAGAAGUGUGGAAAAAGACUAAGGAGUCCGUUAUUGAUUCGUAUACUUACUCGAAAGAGACAGCUGCAAAUCCACUUUUGGCGGUUCUAAAUGGGAUGGAAAAGAAGAAACUGAAUGAUUCAAAGCAGAUAGAACCGACGGACAACAGGAUUGGUACCGACGGUAGCAUUAAUAUAUCUUCUUUCCAGCAGCAGUUUCCAUCUUCCGUUUCCAGUCAGUACAAUCGGAUCAUGGAUCGGCUUCGCAAGCUAGAUUUACAGAUGGACACAUUUGAGAAAACAUACGGAUUGAUGCCGCAGAAUCCACAACAAACUCUUCGCAAACUUCGUUCUUCGUUGUACAAUUAUGAAAAAGCGCUAGUCGCCGGAUCGCAUCGUCUGUUACAUUUUUAUGAACUUCCGUUUCAGUGGAGAGAAAACCGUUAUAUUGUUUUUGGAUACCGGUUCUCGAAGUCGCACUCUUCGGCAGUAAGGAGCAUCUUUCAUCUGCACAAUGAAACUGCAAACAUAUGGACACAUCUACUGGGUGCAUUGCUUAUAUUUGGUCUCGCAGUCUGGCAUUAUCCAAAUACACGGGUGUACCAACUUUCCUCCUGGGGAGAUCGUCUGGUCACAUUUACUUUUCUUGCUGCUGCCAUUAAAUGUCUCUUAUUUUCAGUGGUUUGGCACACAUUUGCCAACAUAUCUACACUGCAUCUACGGCAACGGUUUGCAUGCUUUGAUUACAGUGGAAUCACAAUUCUCAUUAUUGCAUCAAUAAUGACCACAGAACACAUUUCGUUGAGGGAUUAUUGGACUUUACGGCUUGGCUUUGUGCUGUUUUCUUUCCUUGCAGGGGUGGCUGGAGUUCUCUUCUCUUGUUCUCCUCAUUUUGAUAAGCCGGACUCUCGCGUUUUGAGAAUUGGCUUUUUCAUUGGUUUAGCAACUCUCGGCAUAAUGGCAUUUAUUACUUCUUCUUUCCUCAAGGGUUUUAUGUACACGCUAAAUCUAUACUCCCCUCUAUUUGUCAGUUUUGCUGGCUAUUUAAUCGGAGUUGUGUUUUAUGGAUGCCUUAUACCCGAGCGUUGGAGAUCCGAUGUUGUGAUUGACAAUUUCCAAAUCACUGAUGAAUCUAUUUUGGAUUUGGACAGGAAAGGCAAACUCCAAUCUUAUUUAAAUAAGCAGCCUGAAAAGACUGGCCAACGCAAGUCUCUGUUUUCUCUUUGGUGGGUCGAUUAUAUUUUUAGCUCUCACAAUCUCUGGCAUCUUUUUGUAAUCUUUGGCAUUCUUGGUCACUACUUCGCCACAUUAAAGAUGUUUCAGACAAUUCUAGAAUGA